CCCGCAUAAGCUAGGCUGUAUAGGUAUACGCCCAUGCACACACGUAUAGACAAGUACUUUGCUAACUCGCGCGCGCGCCGCGAUAAUGCGCAUGCGUCCUACGGUUACUCUGGUCCUCUCCUCCCCCACAAUCCCGACGAGCGAGAGACCGCCGAGAUGCCUAAGGAGUGGACCGUUACUCUCAAUACCGGAGCCAAGAUGCCGGCCUUCGGGCUCGGAACGUGGCUAUCAAAGCCCGGCGGGGUGGGAGCAGCUGUGGAGGCUGCCCUCAAGGCUGGCUACGUACACAUCGACUGUGCCCACAUCUACGGUAACGAGGUAGAAGUGGGGGAGGCCCUCCAGCGAUGCUUCAAGGAUGGCGUCUGCAAGAGAGAAGACAUCUUUAUCACAUCCAAGCUAUGGAACACGUCACAUGCAAAGGACAAAGUGGAAGAAAGUUGCAAGAUCACUCUCAAGAAUCUUCAGUUGGACUACCUAGAUCUCUACCUGAUCCACUGGCCUAUCGAUAUCGCCCCGGACUGUACAUUCCCUAAGGAGGAGAUCAAAGAUGAAGAAAGAUUGGGAUACAGCGAAGAGAGAACGCCCAAUGCUGGGAGGGCAUGGAAGGUAUAGUGGAGAAGGGUCUGGCCAAAGCCAUUGGCCUCUCAAACUUCACCAUCACCAAGACUGCUAACCUGCUCAAGACGGCAAAGACUGUUCCGGCCGUCAACCAGGUGGAAUGUCAUCCUUUCUUCCAGCAACAGAAACUGAAGGAGUACUGCAACUGUAAAGGUAUAGUGUUUGAGGCCUACUCUCCGCUCGGUAACCCGGGGCAACUGAAGCAGGACAACCUGGAGCGGUCGGUCCUCGAUCAUCCCGACAUCGUCGAGAUUGCCAAGAAACACAGUGUGUCCGCCGCACAGGUAUGCAUAUCAUUUGCUCUGCAUCGAGGACUGGUGGUCAUCCCAAAGUCAGUGACACCCGCCAGAAUUGUCGAGAAUUUCAAAUCAGUCGACGUUCAACUGGACGCAGACGACAUGAAGAAACUUAGAGAAGUGGACAAAGGGAUGAGACUUCUCCAAGGAGCCAUCUUCUACACCAAGGGACAGACCUGUGAGGAAUUCUGGGACGUCGAGGCCGACGAGAAGUUCGAGGUGAAGCAGCCGGAAGCCAAGAAGCAGAAGACGACUGGAGAUGAUGAGUGAAGCUUUGUCUGUUAGGGAGCGGUCUUUUAUUGACAUAUUAUUAUAGUAGGAGUUUGAUAAGAAAUCAUGCAAAGAACAGUAGCAUGGUUGUGGGUAUAGGUGUAGUAGUGUGUUUUUGGACUAUAUUAUGUGAAAUUUUAACUUGUACACACCAACAA